AUGGCGACCAACGGCCAAGAUGAAGGAGGCUUCUACAAGGACCACGGUGGUCCCAUUGGUGUUGACCAACUGCACCCGAAUGACUCCCGUGAAAAUGCGCUUGAGAAGAUCCGAACGGCUGGCAGCGUCUCUAUACCGCCAGAGCUCUUCGAGAAGCUGUACUUGUCUCCCGAGAAUAAGGUCAAAGGCGACCUCAGGAAGACCUUUGGCAAUCCGACUCCAAUGUACGUCCGCGCAUCCCAGUCUCACCAUGUUGUCUGUACUGAUCUUGACACAGUGGCUUGACUGGCUUCCUGCUCUGUGUGACGCCACUCGCUUGCUUCUUGAUGAAUUGGCGAGGCACACGCCCCGGCAAUGGAGCAGCAGACAUCCCAGUCUAUCUCUUCUUUGGCGGUAUCCUCCUGAACGUCGCUGGUGUCAUGGAAUGGAUCCUGGGCAACACUUACAUCUCUGUCGUGUUCAUGUCCUACGGUUGUUUCUGCCUCAGUUACGGAGGCGUCCUGCAGCCUUUCUACGGUGCCUACGCGGCUUACGCUCCGGACCCGGUCAACGCACCACAAGAGGGCGCAAUGCAGCCAGGCUUCCUCAACUCGUUCGCCUUCUUCCUGCUAUUUAUGGGCCUCCUCAGCUUGGUCUUCCUCGUCUGCAGCAUUCGCACCAACUUGGUCUUCUUCCUGAUUCUCUCGCCGCUCCCCGCGGCUUUUUCGUGUAUUGCUGCGGCUUUCUGGUACUCGGGUAUGAACGAAGCAUCGACCGCGGCUACAUUGUUCACGGCUGGAGGUGCACUGGCAUUUGUAACUUGUAUUUUUGGCUGGUACCUCUGGACCGCUCUACUGCUGGCUUCUGUGGACGCACCGAUUCAGCUUCCAGGUGAGUAGACCACCCAUGCAGACGGACUCGAGUUCACGAACUGACAUGCAUCACAGUCUUCGACCUAUCGACGAGGAUCAAGGGCUUCAGCGAGAGGAAGAGCAAGGUGCAAGACGAUGGUCCCGUUUAG